GCUAAAGCAAAGUGCUCUCACUGAACAGUCUAAUCGUCUUCCUCCUCUUUAAUUUUUUUUUCUUAGAUUACUCUGUGCUUUUCUUGUUCCUUCCUCUUCCGCUUAUUCAUCUCAUCCAUGGAAAGAAAAACUCUGUUCAGCAUCACCCCCUGAACUCCAAAAGGCCAAAACCCUCUCUCUUUGGCAACAAGGAGAAAAUACUUUAGUACUCUACUAUCUUUGAACCCAAGACUUCUGUGAUGGGGAGUCCAGCGGACGCCAUUAUUGAAGAAAGAGAUGUCAUGGUUUCACCAAAUGAUGGAGACCCAUUUCUGAAAAAAGCCUACUUUCUGAAACCCACUGCCCCUAUUUCCUCCAUUGAUCUUGAACCUCCUUUUGAGCUCCCUCAGUGUUUCUCUUCCCUCCCACCAAAAGAAUGGCAUUUGAAGGUCAGUUUCCGUGGAUGGCGUCUCGAACAAAACGACUGGAGAACUUGGGUUGAUCACAUGGCUUCUCUCCACCAAUCUACCUGGAAGAGAGCUGGUAUUCAUGAAGCCGUCAUCAAUUCGACUUUUGAAAUCAAAAGGAAAACCAACUCGGUAUAUGGUCUUUCAGAGAAAUGGUGUUGUGAGACCAACACUUUCGUUUUCCCUUGGGGUGAAGCUAGCAUCACGUUGGAGGAUAUCUUGAUUUUGGGAGGCUUUUCGGUUUUGGGAGACUCUGUUUUCAGUUCACUUGAUAGCAGCAUUGAACUGAAAGAAAUACAAGAGAAGCUUGAGAAAGAGCGUAGUGAACUUUACAAGAGUACAUCCAAGAAUGCUACUGAAAGCUUAUGGUUGAAGAAGUUCAGGAAGAGUGGGAGUGAAUUGGAGCACCAAGCAUUCCUUGCCUUUUGGUUGUCCAGGUAUGUUUUUCCUGAGGCUUGUAAUGUAAUACACAAACGUGUAUUUCCCAUUGCAAUUCUUUUAGCUAGAGGUACCCGAAUUGCGCUUGCACCGGCUGUUCUUGCCUGCAUUUAUAGAGAUUUGAGUGUGCUGAAAAGGGCUAUUGUAUCUUCAAAUGAAUUAAAGGGCAGGAAUGGUGUUUCAAAACUCAAACUCAAGUCACCAUUUCAUUUAGUACAGGUUUGGGCAUGGGAAAGAUUUCUGGAAUUUAGGCCAGUACCCAAUGUUAUUAGUUAUGCUGAGCCAAGAUUGGCCCUAUGGAACAGAGUAGAUGGUCUAAAAGUUGUAAAUGUGAGGACAGUUUUAGAAUCAGCCGGAGAAUCUUUCGUGUGGCGCCCUUAUGCCAUGCCAAUUGAGAACUGGAACUUCCCUAAAUUCUAUACGGAGAAGGAAAAAUGGGUUGGCCCGGGUCUGGAGGAUGAAUUAUUGUCAUUUGUCAUGUGCUUGAGGGCCACUGAGUUAGCUGGAUUGGAUACUAGAGAGCAAUACCUUCCGCAUCGUGUGGCAAGGCAAUUUGGAUAUGAUCAAGACUUUCCAUCUUCUGUUGCUCGGUCUGGUCACAGUUCUGAUGAACCAUGUGUAGAAGUAAAUUCUGAUGGAUCCUGGAAAGAUUGCAUUGAGGAAAUGAAGAAUGUGAAAUUGUAUAUUCCAUCCAGGAUGUCAAAGGCAGAUAUUAGCACAAGAUACUUGAAGUGGUGGAAGGAAUCCGUGUCAGUUCUCAAAAACAAAAGCGAGCCUACUAUGCCAAAAUUAAAGAAAGCAAAGUGCAUGGAAGGAUCACUUCCGAGAGCUAAACAUGUCCCCAUACAUCAUGGUUCUGCCCCAAAGAAAGUUGUAGAGGGUUGUAAGAGAGGUAGGAAGACUAAUGGUUUCACCAUUCCUUCAGUUUCUUAUUCGAAGUUUUCAGAAAAAAUAGACCUGCCUUCAGAACCAAGGAAUCAAGGUACUGAUUCCCUUGUUCCUCCAGGAUUUCCUCCCAGAUGUAGGAUAGAAGAUGGAGGUUCAAUGGAUGAAGAUAGACUAACUUUAUCAGAUAUAUUUGGAUGUUAUAUGAAUCACAAAAAAGUUGAAACCAGAACAUGUGGUGACAGUGAGAAGUUAUCAGAUCAAGUUCAAAAUCUGGCAUCUUCACCUGCAGAAACUUCUGUUGAUACUAUGAAGUCAGAGGGAUUGAAAACUGCCGGUCCACUGGAUGAAGAUCGACUAACUUUGUCAGAACUUUUUAAAAAUUAUACGAAACACAAAAAUGUUGAAAUUAGAACAUGUGGUGAUAGUGAGAAGUUAUCAGGUCAAGUUCAAAAUCUGGCAUCUUCAACUGCAGAAAGUUCUGUUGAUACUAUUAAGUCAGAGAGAUUGGAGACAGAGGAUAUGUUGAAUGAAGUUUCGAUUGGAAGAUGCAAGGCCAAGAGAAACCUGACAAAUGUAAUUGGGAGUAAUGCAACAAGUUCAGAUAGUGACACGGCAAGCAUUCUGUUGGAGAAUUGGGUUUCAGCUCUUAAGAAUAGAGUCAGCAGGCUUGAAAGUAUAGUGGGCGUCUUAAGAGCCAAUUCUUCUGGGAACGAUUUAUAGAUAAAGCUAAUGAAACAAAGCACUCCUCUGAUUUGGGAAAAAGGCGUGCAAGAGUCUAACUUUCUCAAGGCAAGGCAGAAACUUGGUCUUUUGUAGAUAUUUUAAUGGAUUGAAGCAGAAUGCAGUUGGAAUCUCUUUGUAAAUGAUGGUACGAGCCAUAAUAUUUCAGGAGUUGUCUUAAAGUUACUGUACUUGAGACUUGAGACUUAAAUGGAGUUUUACCAUGGGUUGAUGUGCAUGAUUUGGUCCUGUAAACUUUGCAAAUAUAACGACAAAGAGGAAGGGGAGGCCAAGAGUAGAACUCUUCAACUAUCAGGAACUUCUGUCUUCUGUAGAUACUCUAUUGCUGAUGAGGCAGCCAUUGGUAACUAGUACUUCUAAUUCACUUGAACCUAGGUGGAUCUUGUACUUACAAUCUCACCAUCAACUUUCAAACAAUGUGCUUUUGUUAUCGACCACGAACUUUUUAAAUUUUAUUUAUUUAUUUUAGUUUUAUCCA